CGAUUAAAUAGAUCCGGAGGAACAGAUAACCUCAACCCAUUCCUUUCGCCUCCCUCUUUCGCCGCCGUCGUAGUGCAAGGCGCCUCCGUUUCCGCCAGAUUUCGCUUGGCCUUGCUUCUCGAUAUCUGUUCAACAUGGCGUCCUCGUCAGUAUCUUUUAAAUCACGAGAAGAUCAUCGGAAGCAACUUGAAUUAGAAGAAGCACGUAAGGCUGGACUUGCUCCAGCUGAGGUGGAUGAAGAUGGAAAAGAAAUUAAUCCUCAUAUUCCUCAAUAUAUGUCUUCUGCACCUUGGUAUCUCAAUGCGGAGAGACCAAGUCUCAAGCAUCAACGGAAGUGGAAGUCUGAUCCAAAUUAUACCAAAUCAUGGUAUGAUAGAGGUGCAAAAAUAUAUCAAGCAGAUCGGUAUAGGAAGGGUGCUUGUCAAAACUGUGGAGCAAUGACUCAUGACAAAAAGUCUUGUAUGGAAAGACCUCGGAAGGUUGGAGCUAAGUGGACAAACAUGCAUAUAGCUCCAGAUGAGAAGGUGGAGAGUUUUGAACUGGAUUAUGAUGGUAAACGUGACCGUUGGAAUGGUUAUGAUGCCUCCACUUAUUCUCGUGUUAUUGAGCAAUAUGACGCUCGGGAGGAAGCCAGGAGAAAAUUUCUGAAGGAACAACAAUUGAAAAAAUUGGAGGAGAAGAAUGGCCAGCAAAAUGAUGAGGAUGCUGCUAGUGAUGAUGCUGAGGAUGAAGAUGAUCUAAAGGUUGAUGAGGCUAAGGUUGACGAGAGCAAACAAAUGGACUUUGCCAAAGUAGAAAAACGUGUUCGUACCACUGGUGGUGGAAGCACUGGGACUGUAAGGAAUCUGCGUAUUAGAGAGGAUACCGCUAAAUACCUCCUGAAUUUGGAUGUCAAUUCUUCUUACUAUGAUCCAAAGACUCGUUCAAUGCGUGAGGACCCUUUACCAGAUAGUGAUCCAAAUGAGAAGUUUUAUUUAGGUGACAACCAUAACAGGAUGAACGGUCAAGCAUUGGAUUUCAAGCAACUGAACAUACAUGCUUGGGAAGCAUUUGAGAAAGGGCAAGAUAUCCACAUGCAAGCUGCCCCAUCUCAGGCUGAAUUAUUGUUCAAAAAUUAUAAGAUUAUUAAGGACAAACUGAAACACAAAACUAAGGAUUCUAUCAUGGAGAAAUAUGGAAAUGCUGCUUCUGAGGAAGAACUGCCACGGGAACUUCUUCUUGGGCAGAGUGAAAGAGAGAUUGAAUAUGAUCGAGCUGGUCGGAUAAUUAAGGGACAGGAGGCCGCACUUCCAAAGAGCAAGUAUGAAGAAGAUGUCUUCAUUAACAACCACACGACAGUUUGGGGUUCCUGGUGGAAGGAUUUUCAAUGGGGUUACAAGUGUUGCAAGCAGACGAUACGUAACAGCUAUUGCACAGGUUUAGCUGGAAUUGAGGCUGCUGAAGCUGCAACUGAACUCAUGAAGACAAAUAUGGCUCGCAAAGAGGCCACACAAGAUAAAACGCCGGAGCCGGAACAAAAGCAACUUGCAACAUGGGGAACUGAUGUCCCUGAUGAGCUGGUUCUCGACAAAAAAUUGCUCGACGAAGCCCUGAAAAAGGAGGAGGGAAGGAAAAAAGAGGAGAGGGAUGAAAGGAAGAGAAAAUAUAACGUCAAAUGGAACGAUGAGGUUACUGCAGAAGACAUGGAGGCUUUCCGUAUGAAGAGGAUCCAUCACGAGGAUCCAAUGAAAGAUUUUCUCCACUAACAAUUUACAACCUCAGUUUCCAGUGUUUUAAUGCUUCAUGUAUAUACGUGUAGUGUAUCACUUGAGAAGUGUUGAAUUCCUCAAUGUUUUCCAUCUGUGUGACAGUUUUUUUUUUUCCCUUUUGUAAACAAUUUCCAAGUGCUUAUGGGACUACUAUUAUCUUUGUCUCA